AUGAAGUCUCGUUUCACGACGAGAUUUACUUCUUUUUUUUCUUUUCUUAAUGUAAGUUUAAUGGCGCAUAAACUCCAUUCUGAAGACAUCCAUCUCUCACCUUCCUCCAUUACUUUUCUUACCCACCUCCUUUCCCUUUUAAACAUUCUAUAUCCAACCCUGAUUGCAAAAUUCAAUCCGUUCAACUUGCUUUCCAUCUCUCUCUCUUUCUCUCUCUCUCUCUCUCUCUUUCUCUCUUUCUCUUUCUCUCUCUCUUUCUUCUUUUUCUUCUUCUUCUUCUUCUUCUUCUUCUCUCUUUUCUCCUCAAUCUAUCUCAAAUGCACACACUCACGCAUACACAUAUUCAUUAUUUCAAUAUUAUUAUUUAAGUAUCUAUCACUGUUGAUUAUUCGUUUGAAUUUUCCUUUUCUUUUUCUGGUCAUGUUCUCUCUCUCUCUCUCUCUCUCUCUCUCUCUCUCUCUCUCUCUCUCUCUCUCUCACUAUCUAUCUAUCUAUCUAUCUCUUUCUCUCUCUCUCUCUCUCAGACGUAUAUGA